AUGGCGGCCGCCGGAGCCUCCACCUACCGAGAUCGGACGUCAGAAUUCCGAUCUCUCUCGGAUACAUUGAAGAAGAUUGGAGGAACAGCGGCUGCCUCAAACGAAUCACAGAGCCUCCCAUCCACAUCCAAGCCAAACCCAACUGCGUAUAGAUCCGAAUUCAACAAAAGGGCUUCACGAAUUGGAUUGGGCAUCCACGAAGCCUCUCUGAAGAUCUCCAGACUGGCCAAACUGGCUAAACGGUCAUCUAUUUUUGAUGAUCCGAUCAAGGAAAUUCAACAAUUAACUGCCUUGAUAAAAGACGACGUCACAGCCCUUAAUAUAGCAAUUUCUGAUUUGCAAACCCUUCAAAACAUGGAGAUUGCUGAUGGAAUUUUUUCGGAAGAUAGAGUUGUUCAUUCUAAUGCUGUAUGUGACGAUUUGAAGAACAGACUUAUGGGUGCUACAAAACAGUUUCAGGAUGUAUUGACUACUAGAACAGAGAAUAUGAAGGCUCAUGAAAACAGGAAACAGAUAUUUUCCACAAAUAUGUCAAGAGAGGACCCUCUAAGGCAACAUGCAAAGACUGUGACAGAGCCACCCCCUUGGUCAAGUUCAUCUAAUUCAUCAGGGGGUUUGCAGCCAUCAGAGUGA